AUGAAGAAGGUCCAUAACACGCGCCAAAAGGGCGAAGGAAUGCCAAUUGUACUUCAAGCGACAAUGCCCGAAGGUACAAACGCGCAAGUAGAUGCUUUUCAAGCCAACUCUGACACAAACACGACGGACUCGACGUCCCAGGACUGGUUAGAGAUUAUGGAACGCGAAGCAGCAGCAGAAAACCAACAAGUUCCACCUGAAGACAACAAUUUCCGCAAGGAAAAUUCUACGGCUACAGACAUAGAAGGUUCUGGCAAUCUGUGUGACGAUAGGGCAGAGUUCAAGGAACACAAGAAUAAGCAGUCUGGAAGGGAUGUGGAGCCAGAACCUGUUCGAGAAACGGUAGAGGAGAAAACAGGAAACCCGUAUAUCAAUAGAAGCCAAAACAGUGAAUUACGUGAAGCUACAGAGAUAGAACAGGAUACCUAUAUGGCGAUGGUAGAUGCCCCAUUGGAGACGGCCCCGACACAAUUAAACAUGCACAAUGAAGAGAUAGUCUUGCCAAACAACUUGGAACUCACUUCGGCAACACCAAUAGAUGCAAACAAGGAGAACAUUGCUCCAGCAGGUCCAAUUAGGAAUGAGGAGGAAAAAGAUAAGAUUAACAACAAUACGUUACAUGAGCAGUCAUUACUACUCAACAAUGGAACUACAAACAUAAUACAACCAGAGGUGGACGAUGAAAUCAGCCUACAGGAAAUCACAGAGACAAUCGAUAAACUCCCAAAACACAAGACGCCUGGACCAGAUGGCUUAACACACGAAUUUUACAAGACGUUUCGUGACAAAAUUUCCCCACUUCUUCAGAUGGUCUUUAACAAAGCUCUAAACUCGGGCGUAAUUCCAGACUCAUGGCAGAAAUCAGUAAUCACACUGCUCCCCAAAAAAAGUGAGGAACUAGAUAAUAUUAAUAAUUGGAGACCUAUCUCACUAGUAAAUGCGGACACUAAGAUCUUUACGAAGAUCAUGGCAGACAGGCUCAACAUCAUUUGCAAGGAUAUUAUAGGUGAAUAUCAAGCAGGUUUUAUAAAAGACAGGUCAAUUGUUGAUGCCGCCUUGGACAUUAUAAGCACGAUGAGAAGUCAAAAAAAUCUGACGGACAUGAACUGGCUUCUUUUCUUAGACCAAAAGAAGGCGUUCGAUAGAGUGGAUCACAAUUACCUAAUACUAGUACUUGAAAAAAUGGGCUUUAGUCCCACCUUUACAAACCUAAUCAAAAGUCUUUUUGGAAACCUGUGGGCGCAUAUAACAGAUGCGGGGCUACUCUCCACCCCAUUCAAGAUCAGCAGAGGAGUUAGACAGGGGGAUCCCCUUUCCCCUUUGCUCUACGUGAUAGCUUUCGAACCUCUUCUAAGACAAUUAAAAUCGAAAAUAAAGGGGGCAGCAACAGGAAUUACAAAGUUUAAGCUCACGGCCUAUGCUGAUGAUUUAACAGUGGGUUUAGGCUCAAUAAAAGAUUGGAAUACUUUGAUGAACCUGUUAACAAAAUACGAAGCAGCAGCUAACGCGGCAGUAAAUAAGGAAAAAUCUAAACUGUUACCUUUAACCGAAAAAGCAGCGCAAACAGCAUUACCAGGAGAGGGAAGUUUUGACAAACUAGAUGAAAAUGGGUCAAUUAGAAUCCUCGGUUUUGAGGUGAAUAAGGAGGGACAACCAAGCAAAACUCUUUGGGACAGGAUUACUAUAAAAUUGAAAAAGCUAACAGAAAGUAUGAAACAGAGAGGACUUUCAUUUAAGGGCAAAAUCUUGAUAGCAAAAUCGCUCUUACUAUCUAGGGUCUGGUUUGCCUCCUAUAUACUCCCACCAAAUAGAAAACAGCUAAACAAAAUUAAUGAGAUAAUGAUUUCGUGGAUAAAAAACAAAUCAAAACUCCUUCCAAGAUAUGGUAUAUACCAACAAACACUAGAAAAUAAUGGUCUAAAUGCCCCAGUCUUACCAGACAUGCUUGACGCCAGACUAAUAAUAAUCUGGGUAAAACUAUGGUCAAGCAGAAACUUUUGGGCUAUAAAUGAGAGAGCGAAAAUAGAAGCUGCACUGCUUGAAAGACGUAAAAAAAAGGUACAAGAAGCUCUCUCAAUCCGUCCAAUUAGGCUAAAAGGGUGGCCCUGCGAAUGGAAGCCAUAUCUUACAGCCUGGAAAAGACUAAAGGGAGAAAUACCAGAUAGCAGCAAAAACUGGCCCUGGAACCUUGAAGACCUCAAGAUUAUGGAAACCACUGCCACAAACUUGACCACAGCAAAAGCUACAGAAUAUCUAAAAAAGUCAUCUAUCGCAUGCGCCUUAACGCAGACCAAUUUUUUUAGCGAACCAAAUAAAAAGGAUAGCUGGGCAUGGUCACAAUUAAAAUGGGUUCCGAAUAAUAAAAAAGAUAUUUUUUGGAGGCUGCUACAUAACGCAUUACCCUUGGGUACAAGACUGGCAUACAUUGAUCCAACAGUCUCUCGGGACUGCCCAUGGUGCCCAGAAGUACUGCAGACACCGGAACACUUCGCUAUGGAAUGCCGAGUUAGUCAUAAGUUAUGGGAACUUGCAUAUAACAUGUUUAGUCUCUCGCAAGACAUAACCCUCCCAACCACGAUAGAAGAAAUAUUUACAGCAGCUAAUGCCAAGUCAACCCAAUCGCACACAACAUUUAUUUGGUUACACAUCACAGUAAUAUACGAGAUAUGGGUCUGGUUCACAAACAAGCGGUGGGGCAAGGGCACGAUGCCGGAACCAGCACUACAGUUUAUUUGGAAGUCUAGAAUCGCGAAAGAAAUAAAGCUGGCAUUGAACAGCUGCUUGCUCAAGGGAAAGGAAAAAGACUUUUUAAAGGCGGUAUAUAGGACGUGUAGUCUAGAAAAUAAUCGUACAUAA